CCAUUUAUGAUUUUCGCUUUUGCCGCGCGCCGUCUGUGUUUGGUACUACGCGAAUGCUGUGCAGCGUGGUAUGCAGCUAAACCCAAUAGCUGCAGCAGUAUCCACCCGCAGCCCUUCACCGGUUUGAGGGGUUCUACGAAUCGGGCCCAGCACUGAGUCUGAUCUGAUCAUCUUUGAGCUGCUUUCUUCCCCAGCCGUAGUGAGAAUUGUUGUUUCUCCCUCGCUGCGCAUUGUUCUCGAGUCUUCGAAUCUUUCCGCACUGGCAGCGGGACAGCCGUGCGUCUCAUCGGCUUACCGCUCCUUCGUGGUGGAAUUCACGCGAAUACGAGUCGUCGGCCACCAGCUCGUGGAUCCGGCGCUGGCCUACUUCCGUAAGGCACUUCGCAAGGCGAUAGAGACUCAGCUCCCCAGAGGUUAGGCUAUGUCCAACAGCUUGCUCACCAUGGAUAACGGUUACUACUGCUACGACCAGCAGCUGCCCAUGGCGCCUGAGGUACCAGUCGCCCCGGAAUUAUACAGCAACUACGAACAGUAUGCCGCGCAGCGAUCAAAGACGCCUACAUCCCUGGUCAAUCACACUGGAUUAUCUCCUGGUGGCCCUCUUAGCACCCCGCCUAUGAGUCGUAACCCUUCGCGAGGACCAGACCCGCCUCCAGGCCAGUACCCGGAGCCGAUGCUGUAUGGCGAUAGCCCGUCCGACUCCCCUACCUCAGUGAAAACCCCAGACAACGAUAGUGUCGAGGAAUUCACGCUGGAUACGCAUCUAGAGGCCUAUCAAGCCAACGGCAACAUGAUGACCACUCAGGUCUCCCCUGGACCUCUCACUGCGCAUGAUCAGAACAUGUUCUUUACACCCCAAGGAACCUUCACAGGUCAAGCUCUGACGGAACCGCUCAACACCACACUCGCCGCUCAUCAGCCGCAGCAUCUCCAUCCACAACCUUUCAAUGCGCAAGCUCGAUUGCAGCCAAGUAUUCUAGUACCUCAACACUAUAACAAUUAUCAAGGUCAACCUUUCGCCAAUCAGGCAGCUCCAUGGACGAGUGAACAGCCUAUGCGAAGCCCGGAUGAGCCGGGUUCAAGCGUCGUCCUUUUCGAUCCUAUCACUGACUUCAUAGACUACUCGCGAUUCACUAGUCCUGACGUCGGUCUCUGGGCGAUGAACGAAACUGAUCCAACCUACCUUGCAUCUCCUAAUGAACCUUUGGUGUCACCUCAAGACCCAUACUCCAUGGCGACCCAGAGCCUAGCUCAGCAACAACCGAGCCAACCAGUCACCCAAAGCCAGGUCCAUGCCAACACUUACUACUCAAACAGUAGUCCCGUUGAUAUGUGGUCCUUUCGGGCGUCUCCUUCGCCGAGUUCACGACGUUAUGCCCCCUAUGAAGCAAAGCCUGUCCUACAGAUGGGAUAUAUGGGAAGCCGUAGAUCCUCGCACCAGCACCCAUCGCCGAUUGCCACAUCAAUCGAGCUACCGUCCCGGAUUAAUCUACAAUCACCUUCUAGCGCGUAUGCUUCAGUCUCAAGCCCUGGUGGCUCGGAGGGAAUGUUCUCGUCCUAUCAGCAGUCCGACCUCGAUGCGGAGCGCCGCGAGUCGCAGUCGCACCAGUCUUUCGGUCAGACCAUACCACCUCCAUCCAUCGUGGAUGACUUCUCCCCAGACAGGACACUCUCAGAGGCAGUCACUGGACUCUCGCCCGAUCCCGAAGGUCCAAAAGCUCGUCGGCAAGUUGGCCCAAUACGAAACACUGGCAGGCCUGGUGGACGAGCACUGGGGACUCACUUGGAACCAAAAGUCGCAAAAGCAGCCCACGACAUGCGCAAGAUUGUUGCUUGCUGGCACUGCGUUUUACAGCGCGACAAGUGCGGUCCUGGUGACAUUUGCGAACGCUGUGUCAAGCGCGCCCAGCGUCCCAAUGCCGAUUGUGGCCUUGGGUGCUCUCGCAUCAAGUUGAUCGAACUCUCAGAAUACUUCCUCCCUAUGCUCGUCAUGCAGAUCCACGAGGACAGCCAUCUUACUCACUUCGUGACCCAGUUCAUCCAUCAAUGGGGCAACCAGGAGAUCAACGUGUACAUGACCUGCGAGCAGAGGACAAUGCCGCGCAUGCAAGUCAAGGUGUACGAAUUCCAACCUCGCGGAGAAGAACUGUUGGUGCAGCUGCAGUACCAGACCAACCCCCAGACCCAGGAGCGCUACACAAUCAGGAAGCGAAGCCCAGCUCUCGGCAUGGUGCACAUAAAUCACAACGAAGAAAAGAAGUACGACAAGUACUUGAACGACAUCGUCGACAACCACCUCGAUGCAUUUGGCGACAUCUGCUGGGCGGAAGACGACAACGACUUCUCACCCCGUCUCUUCAAGCUCAUGACACGCGUGAAGCCAAAGAGCGAGGACGAGGCCAAACUGCUCCGCGAGGUCUUCCGCCUCAUCGUGUGCACCUACAUCAUGUCGCACACCAUCACCAUGGCCGAAGAAACCAAGAACCAGACCCUCUCCAAAAUGCACUCGUACACGGACCCCUCCGCCUACGUGCAAAACUACACCUCCCCACGCAUGACGGCGCGCCAGCUCAAAUACUUCUUCGCGCGGCUGCAGCGCUCCACGCUCGCCGCCGUCCUCAACAAACUCCAGCAGAUCUUCAAGUCGAGCAGGGGCUGCGACAAGUGGCUGGCUGCCUUCGUCGCCGUCGUCGGCAUGGCCAUGGCCGCAGAGGACCAGCAGAAGACGACGCACCAGGUCAUGGACACGCGGGCCGUGACCGAGCGCUUGGACCCGCGCGACGCGCAGGCGCAGGCCGACAUUGCCAACCGCGACGUCGACCAGCGCAUGAACUUUGUCAGCCAGAUCUUCCGCUGGAAAUACAACCGCAAGUGCAAUCCGCUGCGGGACUGCGAGCAGGACUGGGAGAAGGAGGCUGGGUUUGGAGACGAGACGAGCGUGACGUUUGUGCGGAGCGUGGCGCAGCUAGUCAAGGAGAACAUUGACUACCUCCAGCAGCGCCAAGGCAUCAGCGUCUCCCACGCCAACCAGGGCAAGUACACUGCGCGCCUCGUCGCCCCGUUCCUGCUGUCUUUCUGGCUCCCGCAGUAGCCUUGCGAUGGCCAGCCCGCGCUGUUGUUUUCCUGAUACCCAUGCUCGACUUGACCACUUCACUUUCAUCCUUGAGGCCGGCCGGCGUGCUGCCUCGGAUGCUUCACGACCAUGUCCUUUUGCCUUUUUGCUUUCCUACAUACCUUCUUUAUGACGGUCACACGGUGUGUAGGCUUCAUCUAGCGAUGCGUUUCAGCGACGGCGUUGGAUAUCACGGGCCUCGCACAUGCCGUUGGAAUAUACGUUUUGCGUGGAAUGCCACAGGUUACUCGUUACGUUGCGCGUCACGGCCUCCCCUUCUCACCUGUCUUACCAAAAACGGCGGUACCUUAGUUUCUAGCAUGCAUAAUCAAAGCCUUGCU